AUGAUAUCUCGGUGGUUGUUGCUGGUGGUCGGUUUGCUAGUGGCUCUGACCACGCAACCGAUCGCCGCAAAGGGAGAUAAACCCAAGGCCACAGCCACAGAGCUAAGCCACAGACCACUAGGUCUGUUCUACUUCGAAGGCACGAACACAAUCCUGUAUCAAGAUGAGCACGCGCGAAACGCCCAUAUCUCAUUCGACGGCGGCGAGGAGUGGGAAGUGAUUAAAGGCGAUGAUGGAAGUAUGGAAGGGAACGCGGUGUUCGUUUUACCGCAUCCCCAUGACAACGACCGUGCGUAUGUGAUCGGUCGAAGUGGAACGCACUGGGUCACGACGGAUCAGGGUAAGAGCUGGAGAUCAUUCUCCAUUAAAGCUCCUCCUAUGAUUUCCAUGCGCAGCAAUCCGAUCAAUUUCAAUGGAUGGGAUCCUAAGAAGGCGAUCUUCAUGACAGUGGAAUGCAAUAUCAUUGGAUGCAUGACAGAGGCGUUUUAUACCACGGACGAUUUCGAGACAAUUACCUCCCUGCGAGAAAUGGUCUAUGAAUGUUCGUGGGCUGCAAGUACCCCACAAUUUGGACAGGACUUGGAUGGACUGUCUGACACAAUGGAACUUGCAUUGGAAGACCGCAUUUUGUGCGUGGUACCCGGUCUACGAGAUGCAGAUCGAUCCGAGCGUCUCGUCUACUCUGAUAACUACUUCCGCGAUGAUGUGACCGGCACCGAAGUCAAGCUGAACCAGGGACGUCCUGUUAGUGGUAUGGAGAUUAAGGUGCGCGCCGUCAAGAAGUACAUUGUGGCGGGUGUGCAAUCCCGGGGUACCACUGAACAGGCCCUGUAUAUCAGUGAUGACUCGAGUGAAUGGCAUCGCGCAGAGUUUGGCGGGUACCGCAUGGACCAGGAUGCAUACACCUUGUUGGAAAGUACAAACUAUAGUAUUCAGCUGGACGUGCAGACUACCUGGCAUGAUAACCGUGUUGGCGUGCUUUUUUCCUCUAACUCAAACGGCACUUACUUCACGCCUAACAUCGAACAUACCAAUCGGGAUCUGAAUGGCUUGGUUGACUUUGAGAAGCUUGCUGAUAUUCAAGGCAUUGUGAUUGUCAACACGGUGAAGAACUGGGAAGAGGUGGAAGAGUCUGACAAGACCGCUAAGCAGCUGCGUACUUUGAUCAGUUUUGACGAUGGACGAACAAACCAGUCUCUCAAAGUUGAUGGUGACGAUUUGCAUCUCCACUCCAUGACCACUUAUGAUGAACUCCGCGAGCUGAGCUCUUUGGGUCGAAUGUUCUCCAGCCCUGCUCCUGGCCUGGUCAUGGGUGUGGGUAACACCGGUGACCAUCUGGGCAAAUACAGCGAGGGUAAUCUGUAUGUAUCCGACGAUGCUGGACUGAACUGGCGACAGGCGCUGAAGGGCCCUCACCGAUUCGAGUUUGGUGACCAAGGUGGUGUCAUUGUAGCCGUCAAAGAUGGUGACAGCACUGGCAAACUGCAGUAUUCUAUUGAUCAUGGAAAGGAAUGGGAGGAGAUCGAGCUCAAGCACAAGGUCAAGACUUUAUUCCUGACCACAACUCCGGAUUCAACGAGUCUCAAGUUCCUUCUUGUGGGAAUGAAGAAGGACAAUGAUGGAUAUAUCAUUUACUCCAUCGAUUUUGAGGGUCUUCAUGAGCGCAAGUGCACCAAGGACGACGUGGAGACCUGGCCCGCUCGCGUGGACGAAAAGGGCGAACCGGAUUGCUUGAUGGGUCAUAAGCAGUUCUACCAGCGUCGCAAAGCCAACGCCAACUGUUUCAUGAAGAACGAGUUCAAGAUGGAUGCGCCAAUCUUUGAGCGAUGCAAGUGUUCCGCUGAGGACUUUGAAUGUGAUUACAACUUCAAGCGCUCUGCAGACCGCACGGAAUGCGUGCCGGCAGUUUCUUUGACAGCGCCACCAGGACAGUGUAAGGAACCUACUGACACUUACCUGGGUCCAUCGGGAUGGCGACUUAUUCCUGGCAAUGCGUGUAUCCGUAAGGACGGCGAGGAUCUGUCCAAGGAGGUGGAACGACCAUGCGGUGACUCCACUGGAUCUCCAGUGACCGAUGGCAAGAUCCAUGCCGGAAAGCCACAAGAGUUUUCAUCACCGCAGGCCGAAUACUUCUACCUUGAGCGACAAGCGAGUAACUCUGGCGACGACGAGACCAUCUUCAUGCGUACGAUGAAAUAUGAACUCUGGAUUACCCACGAUCACGGCAAGACCUGGGAGCAACCGGCCAGUAUCCAGGAUGAGAGUGUGCUGAAAAUAAUUCCACACCCUCAUUACACCGAUGGUGCCUACUUCCUGACCAGCAGUGGCUUCGUUUACUCGACCAUUGACCGAGGUUACUCAUUCAAGAAGUUCAAGCAACCCACUGCGUUGGUCCCGAAGUACUUCUCGCCAUUGGCUUUCCAUGCGAAAUACAUGGAUUGGAUGAUCUGGAUCGGUGCUGAUGACUGUUCCGAUAAUAACUGUGCCUACGACGCGUAUUUCAGCAAGAAUCGCGGUCACGAGUGGCAGUUGAUGCUUCGCGGUGUUAGCUCAUGCAAGUUUGCAUACACUGAGAAGCGUGGCGAAAGCCCCGAGCUUGUUCUUUGUGGCCAGUAUGCCCAGGAGAAUCCCAAGAACAAUCGACAACUGGUGUCCAGUGACUCGCUGGAUAGCUGGUCCGAUAAGAAGGUGAUCUACGAGAAUAUCGCGGACUUUGCCAUGAUGGAUGAGUUCAUUGUUGUGGCGACAUAUGCAACGGAUGAUCACAAGUUCUUAAAUGUCAGCACCAGUCUCGAUGCCCGUGUCUUUGCUGAGGCUCGUCUGCCGUUCAAUAUCGAUGCGCCUCAGUACACUGUGCUCCAGGGAUCCCCCUAUGCCUUGUUCUUGCAUGUGGAGGUCAAUGCCAAGGAGGGCCAAUCAUAUGGUUCACUGGUUAAGAGUAACAGCAACGGCACUUACUUUGUCCAGUCGCUGGAGGCUCUGAAUGUGAAUGACUAUGGCUAUGUGGACUUCGAAAUGAUGGCUGGCGUUGAAGGUGUCGCGAUCGCCAAUGCUGUCCGCAACAAAGACGACGUUCAGAGCAAAGGAACUGCUAAGAAGCUGAUCUCUGUCAUCACUCAUAACUCCGGCGGCCAGUGGGCGGCAUUGGCGCCUCCUGAGCGGGACAUCGACAAAAAGAAGUUUGAAUGCUCUAGCAAGGCCAAGGGUGAAUUUGACUGCGCACUCCAUCUUCACGGCUACACCGAGCGAAGCGACUGGCGCGACACUUUUUACUCCGAUUCUGCCAUUGGCAUGAUGGUCGGCUUGGGCAACGUCGGCGACUCCUUGUCUGAUGCCAAGGAUGCCGAUACAUUCUACAGUCGAGACGGCGGCUUCACCUGGAACCAAGUCAUGAAGGGUCGCUACAUGUUCGAGUAUGGCGAUGCCGGAUCGAUCAUUGUGCUUGUUAGUGAGUUGCAGCCUACCAAGGUAGUUCACUACAGUCUCGACGAGGGAGAGACUUGGUUAGAGUUUCAAUUCUCAGACACAGCGAUGAUCGUCAAUGAUAUCUCGACUGUGCCAUCGGACACCUCGAAGAACUUCCUUCUUUGGGGUGGAGAGAGAACCACCGGCAAACUCACAACAAUCAAUCUCGACUUCAGCGCUAUCUGGGACCGACAGUGCGAGCUGGAGGUUGGCAAUGGCGAGAAAGAUGAAUACUACCUCUGGAGUCCUCAACACCCUGCUCAGCAGGAUGGCUGUCUAUUUGGACACAUUGAGCAGUACAAGCGCAAGAAGCCAACAGCGGAAUGUUGGAACAACUGGCGCGAGGCACAAAUCCACCGAGUUGAAGCUGGAAACUGUACCUGCACUCGAGCAGACUUCGAAUGUGACUACAACUACGAACUUCAAAGCGAUGGCAGCUGUGCACUUGUCCCUGGUCUCGCCAAACCCGAUCACAGUCUCCAGUGCCAGGAUAACCCCGAUCUAAUCGAGUACUGGGAACCAACAGGCUACCGCAAGCUUCCACAAUCCACCUGUCAAAGCGGCGAGCAAGAUCUAGAUCGCCAAGUUCCACGACCUUGCCCGAACAAACAAAAAGAGUUUGACCGCAAACACGGAAUUAGCGGCGUGGGACUCUUCUUCGCGAUCGUGAUCCCCAUUGUCGCCGCAACAGGCUUUGGAUACUUUGUAUACACACGAUGGGAUGGAAAAUUCGGACAAAUUCGUCUCGGCGAACGAUCCAGCGAGUCGGGUGGCUGGUUUAAUCGGGAUUCACCACUGAUUUCUAUUCCCGUGAUGAUCAUUGCUGGGAUUGUAGCAGUUGCUCAGGCAUUACCAUUAGUAGCGUCGAGUGUAUGGCGCAGUGUCUCUGGAUUUACGCGUCGUGGUCGGGCCUCACAGCGUCCAUAUGCAACCCGUGGCUCCUUUGCUGCUCGUCGCGGGGAUUACACACAUGUGGUUGAUGAUGAGGAUGAAUUGCUGGGUGCGGAUGAGUUUGAUGAUGAUGAAGAAGCGUAG